UACUACUUGACACAACAUGAGAUUCUCCAAAACUUCAUUCUCUCUUGUUUGCCUCUCCGUUUUAUUACAUCUCUGUUUGUUUCCAAUCUCCGAAGCCCAAAACUCACAACAAGACUACCUCAACGCUCACAACGUGGCUCGUGCAGAGGUCGGAGUGGCGAACAUAAUAUGGGACGACACGGUGGCAACCUACGCCCUCAACUAUGUCAACUCCAGGAAGAGUGACUGCAACCUGGUCCACUCCGGCGGACCUUACGGCGAGAACCUUGCGAAAGGAAGCGGUUCGUUCACCGGCACGGCAGCUGUGAACCUGUGGGUGGCGGAGAAGCGGUACUACAAUCACACGUCAAACUCUUGCGUGGGAGGGCAACAGUGCCUGCAUUAUACUCAGGUGGUCUGGAAAAACUCGGUUCGUGUGGGAUGUGCUAGGGUUCAGUGCACCAAUGGCUGGUGGUUCGUUUCAUGCAACUAUGAUCCUCCCGGCAAUUAUAUUGGCCAACGUCCUUAUUAAUUUGUAUAUGUUCAUCAGGAACGUAAUAACCUUGAUCCAUGUUUUUAAUUGUUCAUAA